AUGAAAGAAAACAUAACCUGCAUCGAAGAGCAGCCUUCAAACAUUGGUUCUUACGAAGUACCAACACAGAGAGAUCUCGUCUUAUUUACCAAAGAUCUCUUAAUAAACUUGUUCGAAACAUAUAAAAGAGAAGCUAUGGCACUAUUGAGGGAUAUUAAAGAGAUAACGAAAGCGACACGAGAAAUAGAAACAAAAUGUAAGUACGACAAAGCGACCUACAGACAAUGCGUUAAGCUUGUGAGUGGACAGAGUGAAACUAUUACUAAGAGUCUCGUAACGUCUGUAGAAAUGAAAACACUCGAUAUUAAAGAUCUUACAGAGAACACCAUUUGCAAUAUAUCAGAAAUGAAAAAGGAUCAAAUAUCACUAAUUAAACUAAUGGUACAAGAAACGACGAUGUUGAAAUUUGCUUUACCGGGAUUUUUGAGACUUUACCAUUCUUGCUCGAUACAUUGUGAUGAGUCUCGCCGUAAAAAAAAUACAAAAAAACCGUUACGCCGUGUGACGGAUCAAGAUCUCGCGAUAAAGUAUUUUUUAGCAAAAAAGAAUAAUAUUCAAACUCAUAAAAAAUUCAGGACGCGCUGUCUAGCAAGAAUUCUAAUUGUUAAACUGGGUGCGUUCAUUCUAAUCAUGUUGAGCCUGAGAUUGUGA